CUCAGAUGUUACAAGAACAGAUCACGGAGGCCUCUGUUUCUAAAUGUCCACCACUGUAGGAAGGACGUCACUGAAAGCAAAGACCUUAACAAAAAAAUCUUGUGAAAUAGCAGGGGGGAAGAAAUUGAAUGAAAGAUGAGUUCUCUUCUCUUCCACCCCCCCCCCUCACCCUACCUGUCUUGGCUUGAAGUUUUAGCCUUGGUUCUGCAGCCUUUGUCCAGACCCUGGAUGUGAAGAUGUGUUGAAGACGCACAAAAAGAAAAGGUUGGGGGACACUAGUACUGAGAGCAAAGGGGCCAGAAGAAUUAAAGUGGAAAUUGAGUCAACCCAAGGCUGUGUGGUCAUUGUGAAGAAAGAGACAUGCUCAGCAUACCUAUCUUUUCUUCAUCACUUCAUUCGCUACUUUACAUUCCUUAAACCCUUGAAUAGGUUUUAUUGUUAUUGUUUUUUAUUAAACGAUCAUAUUAUUGAGUGUUAGAAAGCACAGCUGCAGACAUGAAAUAAAAACAGGUCUAAGGAGUGCAGUUCAACAUCACAUGUACAUUGUUAUGACUGCAAAGUAUUGAGUUGCUCCACUGUUUUUCAGAGAAAACAAUCGCACAGAGCCAUGGACACAUACAAAUUCUUCUCAAGACGCAUCUCCCUGUUUUAAGUACAGAAAAAGCAAGGCUCAGUCUACACAGCAUAGGUUACACAGGACCGUCGUUUACAAAAGGAAAGGAGAUGAUUCUUUGCGGCAGCGAAGCACCAUUGUAGUUUCACCACAGCAGUCUGACACAGAUGUAGAAAGAACAGAGCACCCAUUUUAUGCAUGAGCCACGAACCAAAAUUUAUGGAGAACCUUGCACGAUUGGCUGAGUUCCAAAUCUAUAAACUAUAGAUUUCUUCCCUUUCAAAUCCAGUUUGGAGGAAUCUUUAGGAACACUUUUAAAUUUAAAGUUAACAAUAUCAUCAUAACAAAAUACUAUAUACAUAAAUGUUGUAUGCUCUAAGAAAUACAUUUUUGUCUGCUUAACAAAUGUAUAGAAAAAUGUCAAAUGUAUACAUGCCAGGAAACUAUAUACUUACGUCUGAUUAUAAUUUACUCCAGCCCUUUGCUCAGUUUCUUAUUUUUAUUUAAUUAAUAAUUUAAUUUCUCUACUUUCUCCACCAUGAAAACAUCCUUUUACAGUUAUAUUUUUCAACAUUUCCACCCUGUUUGUUUAUCAACAAUAUUUUUUUUUUCUCUUCCUAUGAGAAAUUGAUGGUUAAAUGUACACCUAUAAAUACAUUGAAAACAUCCUUUCUUGGGUGGUUUGAUUCUGCUUUGGACAGGAAAGCGUACUUUUAUUGGACAGCACUGAGUUUGUUACUGUACUUAUCUCCAAUGUGUUAUAAAUCAUGUUUUUGCACUAAAGUGUAGUAGAAGUGCAUUCGCAUUCUCUUAGCAUCGCGAUUGCCUUUUCCUAAGUCCUCCUUCACAUCCUUAUGUGAUCUGAUGACGUUUUCCAUCGAGGUCAAGGAACAGUGUACAGAAAAAGACAUAUGCGACUGCAGCCUACAAGUCCUUCACAGUGUCCUUGCACACCUAUUCAUUUCUACCUUUUAUGAGUUCCAUGAGCAACCCUGAGCCAUGAGCAGGAUAUGCCAUUGCAUGCACAAAAGGGUUAAACAGACUGAAGUCAAGAAAAAACAGUAUUUAUCGGGCUUCGCAAUCACAAACAGCUUUAUUUAUAUGUUGGUUUCCCUGACAACAUUAAGCUUAACCAAGGUCAUGAUCCUGUAUCCGCUCUGUAGGCCUAAGAGCAAAGGCUGGAAUCAGCUGUACUGCAUGUGAAAUGGAGACAUCAGCUUCACUGUUUAUGUAUAUAAGUGCUCGAUAUAGUUCUGAAAUUAUACUAAAUCAGACAAUGUUGGAGGGAUUGACUUUGUACACUCCCUCGUUACAGCUUUAGGUUGCACUGUAAAAAGAGGAGGCUUAUUUUUCGGCUUUGUACAUGCCAGGAAUGUAAAUCCACCCUCAAACUUAAUUGUUAUUUCAUCACAUGUAUCAGGAGAUGUUUCUAUUUGACAAGACAUCAGUUUUAUUUAUUAUUUAGGAUAGGCUACAGUAAUGAAAAAACACCACAUUUUGUAUUUAUUGAAGGAUGAAGCUUGAAUGCUGUGAUACUAAUUAUAGAUCUCCUUGACACCUUCACCUGCUGCCUGAUGUUCAUUUGCCAUUUGUUUAUUUGGUAAUUGGCACCAAAACAGCUAAUGGGUGAUGUACAACCCUAAGCAUGCAACAAGACACAGAAUGGAAUAAUGAGCUUGAGAUACAUAUGUUUAUUUAAAAUGCUAAUUUUGUUAUGCUCAUUAAUAGUUUUAAAUCACAUCAGGAGGAUAAUUUGUGCGACCUCGAGGUGGUCAUGAUGCCAGCACAGUUUCCUGCAUGCGACAAAAGUAAAAAAAAAUGUCUGUCCUGCAGUGAUGAACAGGGAUUAGUUUGACAGCUGAAUUGUGCAUGAUCACCAUACAAUGUUCUUAAUCAGUGCGUUUAUUGCAGUAAAUCUGAUUAGUUGUCCAGAAAUCUAAUUGUUCAUGUUAUGCCAUUUUUAGCGUGUGCCCUGUUGCCAUCCACCGCGGAAGCUGAAAUUAUUCAAAAAAGUUAUUCCAAAUAAGAGUGGCGUAGUCUUGAAUACAGAAAAGGCAUCUUCAGCUGUCAUUGCUGUUUUCUUGCUUAGAUUUGUUAGAUGGCACACAUCCGAUGCAGAGCCAUAUCUGCUGCGACCUCUCGCGCGUACGCAUGCCGGUGGCCUUCGGGCGCGCGUGCGUGCAUGCAUGUGGGGAGCAGAUCGGUACAACACUGACGUCAGACACGAGUGUCAAGCGCUUUCUCAGAUCAUGUCCAUCUGCUUAUAAGUGAGGAAUCGACCGGGACCCCAGUCAGACAACCACACGGCGCUCAUCCAACACCAGCAGCGAUGCCUCACUCUUUGUCCCCACUGUGCGUCCUGGGACUCCUCGCCCUCUCCUCCGCCUGUUACAUCCAGAACUGCCCCCGAGGAGGGAAAAGAGCGCUGCCGGAGACUGGGAUCAGACAGUGCAUGUCUUGUGGCCCCGGAGACAGGGGCCACUGCUUUGGCCCCAGUAUCUGCUGCGGGGAGGGCCUCGGCUGCCUGCUGGGCUCCCCAGAAACAGCUCACUGUGUGGAGGAGAACUACCUGCUCACCCCCUGCCAGUCAGGAGGGAGACCCUGUGGAUCUGAGGGCGGACGCUGCGCUGCUUCAGGGCUCUGCUGUAACUCAGAGAACUGCGCGGUGGACUCUGACUGCCUGUGGGAGACAGAGGCCUCAGAUACGUCUGACGGCUCUACAAGGAGCUCGCCUGCAGAGCUGCUGCUGCGCCUGCUGCAUGUGGCCACCAGAGGACAGACUGAGUACUGAUAUUGUUUCCUGUGGAGGUUCUCUGCUUCUCAGGACCUGGAGGUGCAGAAUGAAGAUCAUUUGUGUUCAACUAUAAGCCUUGAGAUUUGAACCCUCAGCCAAUAAAAUUCCAUGUCAAACAUUUUUCUCUCUUAACCCCUACUGCUCUGAUAUUUCUGUAUCUAUGAAGACGAUCUAUGGUCCCAGAUCAAUCUUUAACUUUGGUAAUUGGCUAUUUUUCUCCAGAUCCUGGGGGAUGGGAAUCAAGACAAUAGGUAUGAAAACAGUAUAUUUCAUGUUUGUGCCUGCCUUAGAAAUGUAUAUACUAAUGCACAUACUGUAAACAAAAUGUUAUUCUAUGAGGGGAUCUAACCUCAGAGCCUUAUUUCAAACAAGUGAGUUAGAGCAGAAAACACUGUAAAUAAGUUAGAGAUUGCCACCGAUGUCCAUGUGAAACAGCUGAAGGACAAUGCUAGAGCAGUUACUUCUUGUGUAGUAGAAAUAUUGUAUAUUUAAAAAACAAUACAGAAUGUAUCACUGCCAAAACA